AUGAUGAAUUUUAAUCGAUUAGUAACAACAGCGCGUUUGUUUCGAACGAUUCGACCCAAGUCAUUGAUCUUUCGAUCACGAAAUCUGUCAACUGCUCCGAUCAAUCAGUCAUUGUAUAAUCUUUCCGAAGAAGAACAGCUGAUUAAAGAAACAGUGGCUCGGUUCGGUAAGGAACAUGUCGAACCUUACAUCCGUGAAAUGGAAGAAGCCGGUGCUUUUAAACCCGAACUGAUGAAAGCAAUCUUUGAUCAAGGCUGGAUGGGCAUCGAAAUACCUACUCAGUACGGAGGAGGUGGUUCGGAUAUUUUCGGGUGCAUUCUAGCGAUUGAGGAAGCAUCGAAAAUAGAUAGUGCAUUUGGAGGAUUCCUUGAUGUGCAAAAUACUGUUGUAAAUCCAUUUUUCAUUCAACUUGCUAACGAUGAACAAAAAGCUACGUACCUACCUCGAUUAGCGAAAGACUUGUUAAUGGCAGUUGAUGUGCCAGUGGAGUAUGGUGGAUCAGGACAAACAUUUUUCUCUUCAGUGCUGGUCAUUGAAGAAAUGUCAAAGAUUGAUCCAAGCGUAGGACUACUGCUAGAUCUACAAAAUACUCUAUUCAAUCGAUUGUUUCUCAAUUACGGAACGGAAGAACAAAAACAACACUAUUUACCACAAUUGGCUAAGAAUCUCGUCGCAAGCUUCUGUUUAACGGAGCCAACAUCGGGUAGUGAUGCAUUUGCUUUGAAAACAACAGCAGAGAAACGAGGAGAUUAUUAUGUGUUGAACGGCACGAAAAUGUGGAUAUCCAAUGCAGAGAUUAGCGGAGUUUAUCUUGUCAUGGCAAAUUCAAAUCCCACGGUGAAACAUAAAGGCAUUUCAACAUUUAUUGUCGAUCGCGAUACCGAAGGUUUACGUAUAGGCAAAAGAGAAAAAAAACUUGGUUUAAAAGCAUCGUCCACAUGUAUGGUUCAUUUCGAUGAUUGCAAAAUCCCUGCGAAGAACCUUCUCGGAAAAGAAGGUCAUGGUUAUAAAUACGCCAUUUCUAUGCUUAACGAAGGUCGUAUUGGUAUAGCAGCUCAAAUGGUAGGUGUUAGUCAAGGUGCGUUCGACAAAACCAUACCAUAUACAAAAGAACGUAAACAAUUCGGUCAUCGUAUAUUCGAUUUUCAAGCUAUGCAACAUCAAAUAGCGUUAUUAGCAACGGAAAUCGAAGCUGCUCGACUCUUGACAUACAAUGCUGCUCGCUUACGUGAUGCCAAAUUACCAUUUGUGAAACAAGCGGCCAUGGCUAAGUAUUACGCAUCAGAAUUAGCAGGAAGAGUAACCAGUAAAUGCAUUGAUUUCAUGGGUGGUUUGGGAUUUUCAUGUGAUUAUCCGCAAGAAAAGUUCUUUCGCGAUUGUAAAGUUGGUGAGUUCGAAUUGUUGAUUAGAAAGAAGAAGAAUUUAACAUUUUCUUUUGAUGAAUUUCAGGAACUAUCUACGAAGGUACUAGUAACAUUCAGCUCAACACAAUCGCUAAGUUUAUUGACAGCGAAUAUUGAUCAACAGUGCUAUUUUAAUUCCAAUAAAGAAAAACAGCAUUUUCGAUUUUUGAUUAACUCAUUGAUUUAUUCGGUUAAUGCAUAA